AUGUUAUGUGUCUUAUUUGUUUAUUUUUGCAUUGCAGUGAAUGAUCUAGGAGGGGACUUCAUGGGAGUUGGUAAAGGCUCCUUAGCUGCUGAUAAGGUUGUUGAAGAAAUAAGAAGGAAAGGCGGAAGAGCAGUGGCCAACUAUGAUUCAGUGGACGCAGGAGAGAAGGUUGUGAAGACAGCACUGGAUGCUUUUGGAAGAAUAGAUGUUGUGAUCAACAAUGCUGGAAUUUUGAGGGACCGUUCCUUUGGUAGAAUAAGUGAUGAAGACUGGGAUAUCAUCCAGAGAGUUCAUUUGCGGGGCUCAUUCCUGGUGACCCGGGCAGCGUGGGAUCACAUGAAGAAACAGAAAUUUGGAAGGAUCAUCAUGACUUCAUCGGCUUCAGGAAUAUAUGGCAACUUUGGCCAGGCAAAUUAUUGUGCUGCAAAGCUGGGUCUUCUGGGCCUUUCAAAUUGUCUUGCAGUUGAAGGCGAGAAAAGCAACAUUCAUUGUAACACUAUUGCCCCUACUGCUGGAUCACGGUUGACCCAGAACAUUUUGCCUGAUGAUCUUCUGGAAGCUCUGAAGCCAGAUUACGUGGCACCCCUGGUCCUUUGGCUUUGCCAUGAGAGUUGUGAGGAAAAUGGUGGCUUGUUUGAGGUUGGAGCAGGAUGGAUUGGAAAAUUACGAUGGGAGCGGACCCUUGGAGCCAUUGUAAGACAGAGGACUCAGCCAAUGACUCCUGAGGCGGUGAAGGCUAACUGGACGAAGAUCUGUGACUUUGAUAAUGCCACCAAGCCUCAGAGAAUUCAAGACUCAAUUGGCGGUAUAAUUGAAGCUCUAAAUAAAAUAGAUUCAGAUGGAGGAGUUUCGGCAAAUCAUACCAGUAAUGUGACAUCAACAGCUACAUCAGGAUUUGUAACUAUUGGCCAUAAACUUCCUCCAUUUUCUUCUUCUUAUACGGAACUGGACACUAUUAUGUAUGCCCUUGGAGUGGGAGCAUCUCUCAAGGAACCGAAAGAUUUGAAAUUUAUUUAUGAAGGGAGUUCUGAUUUCUCCUGUUUGCCUACCUUCGGAGUUAUUCUAGCUCAGAAAUCUAUAAUGGGUGGAGGAUUAGCAGAGAUUCCUGGGCUCUCAGUCAACUUGGCAAAGGUUCUUCUUGGGGAGCAGUACUUGGAGUUAUAUAAACCACUUCCCAGAGCAGGAAAAUUAAAAUGUGAAGCAAUUGUUGCUGACGUCCUGGAUAAAGGAUCCGGUUUAAUAAUGCUUAUGGAUGGAGCAGAUGAGUAGUUUGACAAUGCUACUGGCUAAUGAAAAGAAGAGAGCAUUACCUUAUUUAUAGACUUUGGGCAUUACUACCUAGCGGCUUAAAUGUGAAAGCUGAGGUGUGUCUCCUGAUUAACCCUCUUCUGGAGAUCUCAUGUCUAUGGAUGCAGCCUGGGAGAGCACGAGGGGUUUCUGAAGCCAUGUCACCCUGAUGACUCGGGUGGAGUUCUUGCCCCCCAGCCCUCCAUCCCUACCCCAGAAAUCUAUCAUGUAACUCCUGCUGCUAGCGAACGCCCUUUCUCUCCCAUCCUCGUGCUAUACUUUCUUAGCCCCAAGGAAAAAAGGUUGUGGAUACCUGUUGGAUUUCAUUUUGUUCAGUUUGCCCUCAGCCUGUCAAUUGUGCUAUCAAAGAAGCUCUCCAGGUUUGUGUCAUUCCAGAAUUUGAUAUACGUAUUGGGUAGAUUUCCAUGGUGCUUCUGGGCAGAACAAGGACAAAUUGAGGGAUGGUACAAAACGCAGGUUUAACUUCAACGUAGGGAAAACUUUGAAAAAUCAGAAUGGUCUCAACAUGGAAUGGGUUUCCAUGGAGGGUAGUGAAUUCCUUGUCAGUGGAGAUGUUCCGAGUG